UCCAGAUGGGGAGUUUAAAACAGUCGGUGAAUCUAUCAUGGCCGGUAACCUUUGUAAAAUCGUAACUUCUCAGAGUUUUCCUAUUGUGUUAAUAACGUUUAUCAGGGCAUGUGGUCAUGUAGGGAUUAUUAAGACAAUGGGUAUCUACUUGGAAGAUAUCAACCUGAGUCUCAGAACGACACCAACUGACAUAGGAAUCGCUCUUGGUCUUCUUAGUGCCUUCAGCAAUUUUCCAGCUCCAGUAAUUGCCGCCCUCUUUCGUCGUCGUUCAAUCCGCCGUUUCCUGCUGAUAUCUGGGGCGUGUCUAUCUCCAUUGGGAGUGGCGUUGACUUCCGUAGCAACUACCAACGCUCAAGUGGCAACAUUUCUUUCAAUUACAGGUUUUGGAAACUGCGUCGUAAUGGUUUGUACUAUAAUGACAUUACAUCGUGUUGCUUCGAGCAAC